GCAACCUCCACCCUCUCCUAGUUUAGACCUGGACCUUCACUGAACACCCAUCAUCUGCUCUAUUAGAUAGAGACACUGAUUUACAGCCAGGCAUGUUCUCCAAGAAGUCAGAGGAACCAGGAUCCUGCUCAUCGGACCCUGUGAGCUGCAAGCAGGUCAGCAAGGAUGAAGCCUCCAGAAGACUGGGGGACAGCGGCAGCGCCGCGGGCGGGCGGCCCAACCGCUCUGGGAAGGUCAGCUCCACUAUCAUCUUCACCCUGAAGAAUGAAGUGGGCGGCCUCGUGAAGGCUCUCAAGCUUUUCCAGGAAAAACACGUCAACCUCGUUCACAUUGAGUCUCGCAAGUCCAAACGACGCGAUUCGGACUUUGAGAUCUUCGUGGACUGUAACACGGAGCACGAGCAGCUGAAGGAGCUGACUCAGCUGCUGAACAAGUACACCAACAUCGUGGAGAUCAGCCCGAUGGACGGCUCCACCCUGCCUGGUGACGACGCCGGUGAUGUGCCCUGGUUCCCCAAGAAGAUCUCUGAUCUGGACCUUUGUGCACACAAGGUGUUGAUGUACGGCUCGGAGUUAGACGCAGAUCAUCCGGUGUGUAAGACCAAGGGAUUCAAAGACAAUAUAUACCGUAAAAGAAGAAAACACUUCUCUGACUUGGCUUUAAACUUCAAACAUGGAACCCCCAUCCCUCGGAUAGAGUACACGGCGGAGGAGGUGCAGACCUGGGGCGUGGUGUUCAGGGAGCUGCACAAGCUCUACCCCAGCCACGCCUGCAAGGAGUAUCUGAAGAACCUCCCGCUGCUGACCCAGUACUGUCAGUACAGUGAGGACAACAUUCCUCAGCUGGAGGACGUCUCCAAUUUCCUCAAGGAGCACUCGGGCUUCACAAUCCGGCCGGUCGCAGGCUACCUCUCUCCCCGAGACUUCCUGGCCGGCCUGGCCUUCAGGGUUUUCCACUGCACCCAGUACGUCCGCCACGGCUCCGAGCCGUUAUACACGCCCGAACCGGACACGUGCCACGAGCUGCUGGGCCACGUCCCGCUGCUGGCAGAGCCCAGCUUCGCCCAGUUCUCCCAGGAGAUCGGUCUGGCAUCACUCGGCGCCUCGGAUGCUGCCGUGCAGAAACUGGCCACGUGUUAUUUCUUCACAGUGGAGUUUGGCUUGUGCAAGCAGGACGGCAGGCUGAGGGCGUACGGUGCGGGACUCCUCUCCUCCGUCAGUGAACUCAAGCAUGCCCUGUCUGGCCGGGCCAACAUUCUUCCCUUCGACCCCCAGCGUACAUGCAAUCAGGAGUGCAUGAUUACCACCUUCCAAGACGUUUAUUUUGUUGCUGAAAGUUUUGAGGAAGCCAAGAACAAGAUGAGGGACUUUGCUAAGACCCUUCAGCGUCCGUUCACGGUGCACUACGAGCCGUACACCCAGAGCGUGGACGUCCUGGAGGACACCAGUAACAUCAACAGCAUGGUGAAAGACAUCCGGCACGAGCUGGACAUCGUAGAGGACGCCCUGAGCCGCCUCAGAACGCCUUUGAGAGACUAGGACAGCAACUCAUGGACGUCUGUGGAUUUCUAUCAUAAACGUGUCCUGAAAUAAUGAUCCAUUGAUUCUGUGUCCUGUACAUGCAGGUAGAAAUAGUUUUGGGAAACUGUAAUGAAAGAAGUGAUUGUCCGUUUUAACCCUUAAUGUUAUUUUUUGCUGUUACCCACUGUUUACUUCCUCUAAUCUUGCUUAGACUUCGCCCGGUUGUUGGAUUUAAGCAUUAUAACAUUAAAAAGGUUCAGUUUUGGACAUUAACUACAUGGUGCCCCCCCUCUGGGACGCUUUGAGAGCACUGCUUUCAAAGUGAUGUAUUGUAAGGCGUUCUUGUCCCUCGCUGUUCGGGGGGUUAACACUUUGAUUUGAAUUGAUCCGAGACUCGGCUUCUGUCACCAGAGGGUUCUGCACAGUUAUUCAGUAUCGGUGUGCACAAUUUAAAAAACGAACAAAGUUGCUUACAGUGCUGAUGGGAGGUGAUCCUGCUGCUAACAAGCUAACAAGUGUGACAACGAACAUUAAAAUAUUCAUCAAGAAAUUACUUUUGUCUCAACAUCUGAUGACUAUGAAGACAAACUCAAAUGUAGACUGUACAUGUAUUUGUGAGUAAACCUUCCCCCAAUAGGCUGAUUAGACAAACUCUUGCAUAUUAAAUCCCUACCUUUGUAUGGACAAUAUUGUAUGUAACAGUGUGAUAAUGGAUCCUGGUGGGUUUAAAAAAUACAAAGCCAUCCCUUCAAAAGAAACAAAAACUAUUGCAUUAUAAAGUCAACUAAGACAUCUGUGAUGUUUGGAUAUAGAGCAUAUAUAUACUGAUGUUUGAAACUUUAGCGUUGGGACGACUGCCGUCAGACUGAAAACGGAAGAUGCAAAUGCCGUCGUUCCUGACUUCAUUACAAGUAGGUGACAGAAAGUGUGUCUCAUUAAAGCCUCUAAUAAGAUAAUGAGACUUUAAAUCGUCUGAGUCGUUGCUCGUAUCGUCAGACCUUCUGUGUCUGUUGUUGCUUCAUUUAAUCUAUUAAUUAAAUUAAAGUGUAAAUGGUAGCUGUUGACUGAAUCAGGCAGUGUCUUGUGCCGGAGGGGGAGCUGCUGGGUGAGUGGAGCCUCAGUGUUAUAGAUGCCUUUAUUAUUUUAAACUGCCUGCUCAAAAAUAAAAAUCAACUUCUGAAUUUGACUUGGAGGUUUCUUAUGUGUCCUGUGGCAGGCUCACACGAAGCACGUUUCAUUUGGCAAACAAGCUAUUGGACCUCUUCUCUGAGGAGCUUUCAUUGCUAAACAACUGCGUGAAAAGACACAUCCUGUGGUCUGAAAAGAUGUGUCACUGUUUAGGAAAGGUGUAAUCACUGGUUUGCAUGACUGGUUUGCACCUGGUGGUGCCCCAUAACCUUCCAAGAAAUGUGGACAGAAAAAAGAUGACUAUCAAAGACACAAGUUUAAUUAAUGUAACCACAGAGAGUUCCCAACAAUGAAACAGGAGUUUGCAAGAAGAAACCCGGAGGCAUUGUGACUAAACAGCUGUGUAGCCUGAAAACUGUUUAGGUCAGGCCAUUCAGUUUUCUAGACAGCACAAAUACUACAAGCUGGAGCAAUGGGGACUUUAUUUUCCCUACUAAAUGUUUUGAUGUAGAGAAAAUAAUUAAUUAAUUGUCGAUCUUGAAUAAUUAAGACGUAAGUCUCGUCAGUUGUGUGAAAUAAGACCUGGAAACAGGCAUUGUUGCAUAGAAUUCUCAAAUUGGUUUAAUUCACCGUACGAAGUGUUACAGAUUACUUUUGUAAUACUGUAUUUGACCCGGUCUUUGUACGUCUUCUUGCCAUUGUAACAAUGAGAUGUACCUGCUGCAACUACUUUUUAACAACUUGUGCUUUUUAUCAUUUUGCCUCUUUUCUUAUCAUUUUAUUUGUUAUUCACUGUUUAAUUGUGUCUUGCCGCUUUUAAUGUUGAUGUAAAGCACUUUGAAUUACCUUGUGUUGAAUUGUGCUCUACAA